ACCACCCCCACCAUCAGCAGCAGCAGGAGGAGGCGGAGGGAGGCGCAGGGAGGAGUCGCCGCUGCGUCUCGCAUCAUGGCGCCCAGGGCCGUGCUCGCUCCUCUCUCCGCGCUGCUGCUGCUGCUGUCUCAAUGUCACAGGACAGCGGCCGUCACCGUGAACUCCCGCGACACCAACCCCAUCGUGCGGGAGUACGAACAGGUGACCCUGCACUGCCAGUACCAAACGGUGAGCGUCAGUCCGCGCGUCGAGUGGAAGAAAAUCAAGGGAGGCGAAAAGAACUUUGUGUACUUCAACGGGCAGAUUACAGGUGACCUGAAGGACCGCGCGUACAUCGCCGACGUGGCCCGGGCCUUCAAUGCCUCGGUCACGAUCCGCAACGCCUCGCGCAGCGACACGGCCACCUACCGCUGUGAGGUCCUGGCCACGCAGGACACCAAGGCCUUCGACGAGAUCGAGAUCAACCUGGUCGUGCAAGUGAAGCCCGUGACGCCGCGCUGCGUGGUGCCAACCGCGGUCACCACCGGGCGCUCCACCGAGCUGCUGUGCCAGGAGUCGGAGGGCUUCCCCAUCUCCACGUACCAGUGGUUCCGCAACGGCGAUCAGGUGCCCCUCGACCCCAAGGGCAGCCUCAAGUUCUCCAACUCCUCGUACCGCCUCAACGUCAACACCGGCAGCCUGACGUUUAGCGGCGUGCGUCCCAUGGACACGGGGAACUACUACUGCGUGGCCUCCAACCCCGCGGGGAGCGCCCAGUGCUCGGCGCAGCACAUGGAAGUCAAUGACCUGAACGUGGGCGCCAUCGUCGCGGCCGUGAUCGUGGUGGUGCUGGUGGUGGCGCUGUCCGGCAUUGCCAUCUGGUGGGCUCACAAGAUGGGCUACUUCAAAAAACACAAGGCUUCUUCAAGAUACAGGUCUCCGCCAGACGCCCGUGGGAGAGGCUCCCUGCAUUCCAAAUCCAGACCUGCGGACGACGAGGGAGAUUUCCGUCACAAGUCCUCGUUUGUCAUCUAGACCACAACAGCUGGGAAUUUCCUGCGGAACUCAUUAUAAUUAUUUUCUUUUCCUUUUAGAAAAAGGGAAUUUUCUUUUUGAAAGGAACUCGAUGGAAUCUUAACGUAAUGCUUUCUCUUUUUUGUUUCUUUACUAACGUAGAUGAGUUACAUUGAGCUUCAGGGCACACUAAACGAUGAGAGGGUUGUCGGACUAGAGGAGGAGGAGGCGACGUGAACCACGGCCGCCCCACAUUUGCCUACGACGUGACGUUGCACUGGAAGACUUUUUAUGCGCGAGGAGGAGGAGGUGUGUCGUUUCAGAAAUGUGAGAGCGGCCCUCCGGCACGCGAUUGCUGGCCGUGCCAGCCGGCUGGGUUUCUGCCAUCGAGCUGCGCUAAGCACUCGUGGCCACACGUAGUAUUAUUAUUGUUGUUGUUGUCUGGCACACGACGGUCCGACAUUUCGCUUCCUCGAGGACGCUGGGGGAGGAAACGUCGGACAUCGUGCCGGGCAACGCUCCGUGCAACCUUAAAACGCGUCCGAGUGCUAUGGUCGGGGGAAAACUAAAAACUCAAACCACCGCUUAGGCCAAAAUCAUUUCGUGGGGCAGGUAUUUACAACUUUUUGAGGUUCACCACCAGCCAUAGGCACGUGAUGGUCACUGAGAUUGUUGUGGAAGGGAGUUUUAGUCUCUACACUUUUUUCUAUUCCCAUGCGGCUGUAUUUGUAGACAGUCUGCAGGCACCGGCGUCUGGCGGAUGCUGCUGUGGCGGUAAAAAUUUCGCGUUUGAUGUCUUGUCGUCGUCGGCAGCGCAGAGUCGUUAGAAACGCUUGCGACCGUGGUCGCCCCACUUGAAACGUUUAGAGCCUUGACAGUAACGAAAAUAAUCGAGGUUCAGCCGCAGCUCCGCCGAGGCCGCUCGCAAAACCAAACACGUUGAACUUCUUUUUUACCGUACGUAGCCGACCGUGCACAUCGGAGGCGCCACGCCAACGUCAGUAUUUCUCACACGCCAUUCCUCACACCCCGCCGCCCACCUCUGCAACUUGCCCUCGGUUACACCUUGCACGCGCCCGCUGAUCGGUGAAUGGCUCGCCCCGACGAUGAGAAACGGUGAACGCUGGCACCGCGGGGGGCUGGGCACCGGGCGGACUAAGUUUGUGUGGGGGGCCCCAGGGCUGUUCCAGUUUGGGGGUAGGGGGGGGCCCUCUUUGUCUCUCUUCAAUUCCUUGCCCUGACCGCUUCACCCGCCACCCAUGCACGAUGCGGCACAAAUCCACCUCGGUUAUUUAACUUCUAGUUUUUUUAAAGUGACAUACGAGUUGUGGAGCUAAAUAAAAGUUAAAAUUAAAAAAAAACUCUUAAAAUUUCAGCGCAUGACCGUUGCUGGCAUAUCCUCCAGAUUAUAAGACUCGCUUUUUUACCUGUAAUUUAAAGAAAACGUUAGGGUUGCAUCUUAUAGUGUGUGUCGUUCGUUUGUGACACUGGGCACGCGUUUGGGGCACGUCUUAACUUUCCAGAGUGUCUUAUAGUCCGCAAAAUACGGUCUUCACACCGAUUAAUGCUCCAAGACCACCUGUAGGAUCUCUCGCAGCGCCGUGGGUUUGCGCUUAUGUAGCUGAGGUGUGGGAGGCCUCAUUCAAGGCCCUGGGGCCGCGACCCCUGAGGCCUCUGGGUGAACCGGGCCUUGGGUCCGGGACACGCAGCGUGCGGGAGAUGCUGCCUCGCCCGCCCGCCCGCUCCCAUCCUGGCGGUGUCGCGCCGGCGAGACUGCUCGCUGGCGCGUGCCCUACGACACUGGCACAUCGCUCGCGUCCUCCUCCUCCGCUGCUGCUGCUGCUGCUGCGUCUACCGCCCUCGCCCGGUGCGUCAUCCCGUUGGUCAAGAAUGUAAAACCCCUCGCCGGCGUGCGGGUUUGGGGGGCCGGGCGCGGUGAAGCCGUGGGGCGUACAGACGACAGAGCGUGCCCCACGUCGCGCGGUGGUGACUUGUGACUCGUGACCCAAGCCCAGGUAACGGACGAUUGCAGUUGGUUAAGAUUACUCCUUGGAAUUCGCUACGCAUGACAAGUAACACGGAUCACGAAGGCAAAGUGUUUGCAUAUGAGAUUACUGACGCCCGCCCGCUCCCCCGGUGCGAUGUUUGUGAAGGAGAUUAUUAACGACGUUUAUCCUGCCCAGUGGCUGGCGCUCGGGACGCGUCCAGAGGAACGCAAUCGCGUGCAAAUUGUAUAACCAUCACGUUCCCUUUGAUAUAUAUGCACAGCGGAGUGUAAUUGCUGUAACGUUCAUCUUCGAUCACGCGGGCCCCGCCAGCCCGAUGCAACGACAAAAUAUUGGAACUGCGAUGGCUCGGAAUUCAAGGAGAGAUGGGAUUUGCACACCGCUGCACGGAUGAUGCAACGUUGCGACCGACUAGGUUAACUGAAGUUGACGAACACCUUUGGCCGUACCUGGAUCAGUCGCCCUCUUGUUAACCACGGAGGCGGGCUUCGCCUUUGGCUUGCUCAAGUUUAGCCGUUGGCCCGCAGGAAGGUCGACGUCGUUCAUUUCCAGCGCUCUCGAUCUCGUCACAUCUCGAUCUCGUCAGAUCUCGAUCUCGUCACAUCUCGGAAGCUGAGCAGGCUUUUUGAACCUGGAUAUCCGCUUGUUCGCCGAGCAUAACUUGUGUAAUAGACUGCAAGGGGGGGGGGGGGGGGGGGGGGGGGGGGGGACAAACGUCAUGCCCAACAAAGGGUCGUGCAGCCAAAAUUCAUUUUUGUACUGUACUUCUAUGCUCUAUGCCUCCACCGAUCAGUGCUGACCAGCGUGGUCAAGUACGGCCCUGUAAUGCCCACCAACCCGCACAGCAUGGGGAGGCCCUCAUCCAGCAGUGGAUUGACAAAGAGCUGUACACAUGUACACACAUAACAGACUGUACAUUUGAAAUCCUUCAUCGCGAACUGAAUAUUCUUGCCACGGUGGCGAGAUUUUAACUACCUCGCCUGGUAUACAGGAGGUUGUGGGUUCGAUCACGGCCCCGACGCCUGCUGUAUAUUUAGAGUUUGCGUGUCUCUCUCUCCGUGGUCGCACGGAUGUUUCUCCGGGUCCUCCGGUCUUUGCCAAUGCAUUUAGAAUCAACGUGCGUUUAGAGUAUUUGCCAGCUAUAAAUUGUACACGUGAUGAUCGGCGACUUUGUUGAGCUAUCAUUUGUGGCCAGGUCGCUUCUGAGAAAGACCUCUGCAGCUCCGAAUCAGAAUCUUUAUUUAAACUGCAGGAGGAAUGCAAUGGGCUAUGAAGCUCUUUCUCACAGGUGUCCAGUAUGGGCGGGUCGGCAAGUUACAACAACAAUACAACAUACCUACUAACAUAAAAAUAGUUGCAUAGUAUAUAUUUUUUUUAUCAAACUAUAAAAAAAAUCGUUUCAAUCUGAGAAGUCACUUCAGUUGAUGUCCCAACCAGUGACACGCGGCGGCGCGUCAGAUGAGCCAUUAUAGCUCAACCGCGGAAAACCUGCUCAGUGGUCUCCUUGCGUCCAACGACGAAGCGCGGGCACAGCGGCUGGCACGCACGCGGGCACGGCCCGGUGUAAUCGCGCACGCGUUGUGUCGGGCACUCUGCGUGUGCGCUGAGCCCCAACGUGGCCAUCUUCAUUCCCUCGCAAACGUCGUCGCGCCGGUGACGGGCGCGUUCUCUACGAUGGCACGAAGCUCGCGUCUCCGCUCGCUGCCGCCGCCGCAGCUUGGCGGCUGCUCGCUCUGCCGUGCCGCCGCUGGUCUGCACGGUGCCAGAUUUGUCCGCCGCUGCGGCAUAAUGGCUUUUGGCCUGGGGCCCUUGGCUGGCGGGUGGGCGGGCGACGACAUCUGCGUUAUAGUCCCUUGCGUUGUCUUGUGAAGGUGUUCGCACCUCGCGAGCCACAAACCUUCUCCAUCCAGUUGUUAGAUGCAGAUGACUGGCACCACGUGGCCAAACCUCGGCCCGCUCCUCGCGCCACACAUCCUCGCAUGCGCGUGGCCUUGGCGUGAGCUGAGAGUGCGCGUGAGCUUGUUUACAAGAGAGGCAUCUGUCUGUGGCGACGAGUGGCCUUAAGCUUCUGGCGGCAGUCGAGAUUUGUGCAAAAACACGCGAAAUAACUGCCCCCAGUCCAGUAGCCCGGUUUCCAUGUUAAUUGAUUGGAUAGGAAAAGUGGACAUUUGAAUAUCCAAUGUGCCAUUUUGUCCACGAUUACACUAAUUAUCGCAAAACGGCCACCUCUGCCCACCAACGCGCCGCGGGAUAACCGAUCAUUACAAGACGCACGCUCAUGAGUCUCACAAAUGCCAAUAAAAUUAUAUUCAAUUAUCCUUCAAGGCCCCCCAAAAAAUACACCGACAUUUUAACUUUCUACGCAAAAAUAAUGAGGUAUAUGCAGGACAUGGGUAUAAACUGUAAUUUUGACAAAAAAAACCUUGAUUUGUUGAAAAUUCAAAUUAAGAAUUCCCAUAAUUAUAUUUAAGCGAAUGCCAACAUUUGAAAAUAUUAUUUACGGAAACCGAGCUGGUGUUAAAACAAUCGGCCGUAAUGUUUAAUUUGACGUUUGUAGAGUGAAACUGUAGUCCCAUUGAGUGUGCGAAUGCCUAAGCAGACAAAGCCAUCUGCCUGACGAGAGAGAAAAUCUGCUGUCACUUUUUUUCUCUUCUCUCGGUUUAGCCCUUGGGCUGCAGUCUUCUUUUUUGUUGGGUGGCGGUGCUCGGAGUGAUGUAGUUCAUUUGGAGAAGAAAAAUUAUCUUUUUAUACACAGUGGCGUGUAAUGUGUGAGUUAAAGCCAUAUUACCGGAGCGCGCCUUCUGCGGGCAGAAUUGAAAGGAGGGGGUGUACUAUCAACAUUGCUGGCGACUGCCAAUACCUCUUUUCCCACUGCGCAACCGAGCAGAGCCGAGGCCGUUUCCGAGCCAGCCCAGCGCGGCUCAGGAGGCAUCGAGUUAUUUUUCCACUGCAGAAAGCCGAGCCGUGCUGCUGACGUCACGCACAACGUACGUGCCACUAAACUAAGCAUUUUUUUACCAGCUUCUGAAAGAAGGGCAGAUAAACAUGCGAUUAUGGCCAGGUAACUAUUGGUGAACUAUUUAAAACUUUUUUUCACCAGGUAAGGCCCACUGAGCUGUAUAGCUCUUUUUCAGAAGCGACCUGGCCACAAAUGAUAGCUCAACGAAGCAGCUUAUUUGGAAAUUUAUAGCAGCGAAAUACUCUUAAACGCGUAUUUUUAAAUGUAGGGGGAAAAAACUGGACGACCCGGACAAAAAUCUACGCUACUACAGGAAGAACAUGAAACUCUAAAUAUACAGGUGUCUGGGUUGGGAUCGGAAUUUAACCCACGAUCUGGAUACCAGGCGAGGCAGUCAACAUCUCGCCACCGUAGCGCCCUGACCCUGGCCUUGUUUGGCCCUGAGUCAGGAUUCAGAUGUCCUCUCGUGAGGCCAGCGUAUCAUGGUUUAGUUCCGCCUCGGCCAGUAGGAAAAACACCCGGACCGUGAGAGCCCUGCGCUGCCUCGGCUCGGAUGCGUCAGUGGAAACGGGGUACAAAAGUGUCAUAUUUUUGGCCAAUUUUGAGUCACGUUUAAACAAAUUCGAAGUCAAGGGCACAAAUUUCAGUAUUGCUUUAUUUAAACGUCUAUUGUUUUUUUUUAAGAAGGCAACUUGCAGUAAAUCUGCUGGAGGAAAUGUUUCUAUAAAUAUAAGCCAUUGAAUAUAACGCUAUCCAAGAUGCAUUGCAUCGCAUUUUUCUAAACAGCGCAGUCCGACUAAAUCGGCGGUUUCCUGCCUGUGAUCUCGCGGCCAAGAGUGCGAUGUAGAUUAAUUGCGGUUGGUUUGAGGGUACAGGUGAGGGUACAGGUGAGGGUACAGGUGAGAGCCCUGGGCUCUGUGAUACUGCGAGUCACUGGCGGCGGGCCCCUGCCACGGUCCAAACAUCCCACUGAGUGUGAAUCUUGCUGAACGUUUGAAACCACGAUGGGUGCAUGACGGAGAGGGGGGCGAGGCGGGGUGGGGUCUGUUUACGCUUGCAUCAAUCCAGUGUUAUACGCGGCUUGAACGUGGACCAUGUCUGACUCGCGUCGGUAAGAGUGCCAGAAGUGGACCGGGGACGCGUGGCGAAUUCGACGUUGCGAUUGGGGGGGGGGGGGCGCUCUUAAAUAAGUUGCUCCAGCCGCUGCAACCCCUGAGGGCGGGGGCAUCCCCUUUGGCGGCGUGUGCUUUGUUAUCGCUGCUGAGUGCACGCUGUGGUGAAGGGGGUAAAUCUGCAGCCCCCCCCCCCCCCCGUUCGCGCCACUGGCGGCUGGAGGGGGCCACCCCCACCAGUGGGCAGCCUCUCGUGAGCGCCCCUCCGGAGUGAUUUGGCCUCUUCCCAUUGCUGACCGGAUGUGUUGGAGGAGCUUGGGGGGGGGGGUUGCUGCGUGCCUCUGCUGGCCUAGCGAGCCGAGCCUCCUGCUCCCUCACAUUCGCUGGUUCGCCUGUCCACCAACACGGCCACCUCAAGACGACAGCUUCUCUGGCAUUCUCGAGAAGAGCCCGGCCCGCCACGCAUUGUGAAAUGGCGCAGCUUUUUUUCGUGCGUUUUGCUAAGUUCUGUAAAUGCUAAUCACGUUUUUACAUGCUGAAAUGUAUUUUGUAGUAAACACUAUAGAUGCUAAUACGUGUUUACAUGUGUACUUUGUAUUAAUAAAAAAACAACUUUAACAACAA